AUGGAAAUGUCGCCCACUACCGACCUGCCAUUCACCCUCCGCGAUGCGUCGCUUCUCAAAGACCAAUCCUUCGUCAACGCCCAAUGGGUCGAAGCCAAGUCGGGCAAGCGCUUCAACGUCAUCGACCCUGGCUCCGACAAGACCUGGGCGUCAUGCCCGGACAACGGCCCCGAGGAUGCGGAAGCCGCCGUCGCCGCCGCCCACGCCGCGUUCCAAACCUACCGCAAAGUCAACCCCCGCCAGCGCGCGCAGCUCCUCGUCGCCUGGCACAAGCUCAUCGACGACAACAAGGAGGACCUGGCGACCAUUAUGACCUGGGAGAGCGGCAAGCCGCUGGCGGAGGCGCACGGUGAGAUUGCCUACGCGCUGGGCUUCACCUGGUGGUUCGCCGGCGAGGCGGAGCGCAUCCAGGGCGCCGUCAGCGUGCCGGCCGCGCCGAACCGCCGCGUCAUGGUUGUGAAGCAGCCGAUUGGCGUGGCCGUCGCGCUGGUGCCGUGGAACUUUCCCCUGGCCAUGAUUCUGCGAAAGGCAGGGGCCGCCUUUGCCGCCGGCUGCACCAUGAUUGUCAAGCCGUCCCCCGAGACACCGCUGACGUGCCUGGCGCUGGCCGAGCUGGCGGCGCGCGCCGGGUACGCACCGGGCGUGCUCAACGUGCUGACAACUUCGCUGGCCAACACGCCGCCGCUGUCCGAGGCGCUCUGUCUGCACCCCCGCGUGCACAAGGUCUCGUUUACGGGCAGCACGCGGGUUGGCAAGAUUGUCGCCGGCCUGUGCGCGCGCAACCUGAAAAAGUGCACGCUCGAGCUCGGCGGAAACUGCCCCUUCAUCGUGUUUGACGAUGCCAACCUGGAGCAGGCGCUCGAGCAGUUCAUGGCGCUCAAGUGGCGCCAUGCCGGCCAGGCGUGCAUCACGGCCAACCGUCUCUACGUGCAGGCCGGCGUAUACGAUGAAUUUACGCAGCGGCUGGUCGAGAGGACCAAGCGUCUCGUGGUCGGCCACGGCGCAAGCGCGGACACCACCAUGGGCCCGGUGACGACGCCGAACGGCAUCAAAAAGGCCGAGGAGCAGGUAUCGGACGCGCUGAAGCUCGGCGCCACAUUGGUCCUGGGCAGCGGGAAGGGGCGCCUCGCGGACGGCGCAGGGAACGGCGACGGCGUGGGCGGCUACUUUAUGCACCCGACCAUUCUGACGGGCAUGACGAGGGACAUGCUCAUGACGCGGGAAGAGACGUUUGCGCCUGUGUGCGGCGUGUACGCGUUUAACACGGAAGACGAGGUGACGCGGUGGGCCAAUGAUACGAGCAUGGGCUUGGCCAGCUAUGCCUUUACAAAGAACGUGGACAGGGUGUUUCGGCUGGCGGAGAAUCUCGAGGCUGGCAUGAUUGGCGUGAAUACGGGCAAUAGUUCGGCUGCGGAAAGUCCAUUUGGUGGGAUGAAGGAAUCUGGCUAUGGCAAGGAGAGUGGCAAGGACGUGGCAGUGAACGAAUAUCUGGUCGCAAAGACUGUGACGAUUACGUUGGAGGAUCAUUUUUGA